UACAUUUUCUGUGACACAAAAACCAAAUAUAAUAAUUAUGUUAAUGGAUGACAUGGGUUGGGGUGACUUAGGUGUUAAUGGAGAUCCUGUUAGAGAAACUCCUAAUUUGGAUGCAAUGUCUGUCGAGGGAAUGUUAUUAACUGAUUUCUAUACCGCAAACCCUUUAUGUUCGCCUUCAAGAGCAGCCCUAUUGACGGGUCGACUGCCCAUUAGAAACGGUUUUUAUACCGAUAACAUUGACGCCAGGAAUUCAUACACACCUCAAGAAAUUGUUGGCGGUAUUAGUCAAUGGGAAAUACUUUUACCAGAAUUACUACAAAAGAGUGGGUAUCGAAACAAAAUAGUGGGUAAAUGGCAUUUGGGUCAUCAGUCACAAUAUCUUCCAUUAAGACAUGGCUUCCAUGAGUUUUUUGGAUCAACCAAUUGCCACUUCGGUCCAUACGAUAACAUAAAUACACCAAAUAUUGCCUUUUUUCGUAACGACCGUAUGAUUGGGCGAUACUUUGAAAACAUUAAAAUAAAUAAAGACAAACAUAUAUCAGAUUUGACACAACAAUAUAUCACUGAAGCCAUCGAUUUUAUAACAAAUCAAUCGCAACCUUUCUUUCUUUACUGGACUCCAGACUCACUACACGCACCAACUUUCAGGUCAUCACCAUAUGUGGGCAGAAGUGUCAAAAACAGUUCAUAUGGUGACACUCUUAUUGAGAUCGAUGAGGGCAUCGGUAGGAUUUUGGACACUAUUAAGAAAAACGAUAGUCUCGCUAAUAAUACUUUUGUAUUGUUUACAAGUGAUAACGGAGCAGCACUUGUAAGUACUACAGAUGCUGGUAGUAAUGGUCCGCUAUUAUGUGGGAAACAAACCACAUUUGAAGGCGGCUUUAGAGAGCCGGCAAUUGCGUGGUGGCCGUCGAAGAUACCACCAAACACUUUAAGCAAACAACCGGCAACUAUCAUGGAUUUGUUUCGCACCAUUGCUACCAUUACUGACAGUCCUAUGCCUGAGGACAGGGAGUUUGAUUCAUAUGAUUUGAGUCCAGUACUAUUUAAAAAUCAAAAGAUCGACACAAAUAUAUACUAUUAUAGAGGUAAUCAAUUGAUGGCUAUUAGAAAUGGUAAUUAUAAGGCACACUUUUGGACAUUUACUAAUCCUAUUGAACAAUACAAAACUGGUAUAAACUUUUGUCCGGGAAAUUUCGUUAAAAAUAUUACCACACAUACACUCACUGAUCACACUUUUAGACCAAAAUUGUUUCACAUGAAUAGAGAUCCGGGAGAGAGGUAUCCCAUAUCAGAGAUCAGUAAAGAAUAUAAAAGUGUUUUUCAAAAAUUUAGUAAUUUAUAUAAAGAACAUAUCGAUAAAACAAAACCAGGAAAACCUCAACUUAAUUGGUGUGACAGAGCUGUCAUGCAUUGGAUACCUCCAGGUUGUGAAGCCAUCAAUAUGUGUCUACCGGUACCACAAUCUAAACCGUAUAAAUGCUUUUGGCCUCAUUAA